ACACAAUAUGGCGGCAGUACCGGGGGCUCUGGGCCGCCUGCGGCCGGGCAGCGGUGCGCGCUGGGCCGCCGCAGCUGCGUGCGUGUGGGCUCGGCUCAGCCGCCUGCCGGGCGCGGGCCCGGCGAUGUGGUCCGGAGGCUGGGCGCGCGUGGCGGCGGCGCGCAGGGCUUACAGCUCGGAGGUGAAGACGGAGGACGAGCUGCGGGUGCGGUACUUGGAGGAGGAGCACCGAGGAAUUGUGGUGCUUGGAAUAAACAGAGCUUAUGCCAAAAAUUCUAUCAGUAAAAAUCUUAUGAAAAUGCUGUCAAAAGCAGUAGAUGCUUUAAAAUCUGAUAAGAAAGUCCGAACUAUAAUCGUCAGGAGUGAAGUCCCAGGGAUAUUCUGUGCUGGUGCUGAUCUUAAGGAAAGAGCGAAAAUGCACCCCAGUGAAGUUGGUCCUUUUGUCUCCAAAAUAAGAACAAUGAUUAACGAAAUUGCUAAUCUUCCAGUUCCAACCAUUGCUGCAAUAGAUGGAUUGGCUCUUGGAGGUGGUCUUGAACUGGCUUUAGCAUGUGAUAUAAGAGUAGCAGCUUCCUCUGCCAAAAUGGGCCUGGUUGAAACCAAAUUGGCGAUCAUUCCUGGUGCAGGGGGGACUCAGCGGCUACCACGUGCCAUCGGGAUGUCCCUGGCCAAAGAGCUCAUCUUUGCAGCACGUGUUCUUGAUGGCCAGGAGGCCAAGGCAGUGGGCUUGAUCAGUCAUGUCCUAGAACAGAACCAGGAGGGGGAUGCUGCCUACAAAAAAGCCUUGGACUUAGCCAAAGAGUUUUUACCUCAGGGGCCUGUCGCAAUGCGAGUGGCAAAAUUAGCCAUUAAUCAAGGGAUGGAGGUUGAUUUGGUUACAGGGUUAGCCAUAGAAGAAGCUUGUUACGCUCAGACUAUUCCAACUAAAGAUAGACUUGAAGGUCUUCUUGCUUUUAAAGAGAAACGGCCUCCACGCUAUAAAGGAGAAUAGAAGAAAAAAGAAAUUUCUGAAAUGUCAGUGUAAAAAAUGUACUUUUGGAAGUAUAUUUCAGAUCUGCUGUAUGCCUUGACACUGGGAAUCCCAUCGACCAAAGGGAAGAGCCAGUGUUUCAUUUAGUACAUUAAGUGUCUAAAACAGACAUUGGUGUGUUCUGUUCAUGUCCUGUCCUGCCAUCUUCAUCCAGGUUGAUAACAUUAAUGGUGUAUACUGUCAAAACACAGACCCAGAAUUAGAUUUAUGUUUUUAAAUAUUUCUUGCAUAUGAAGCUUUCUGUCCUUAACUUUUUAAUGUGAAUAAUUUAUAUAUUGCACACUCUAGGAGAUAAUAUUAUUAAUUGAAUGCCUACUGUGCUGCAAUACAAAAAUAAAGUUAUUUCUAUAUACCAAAAAUGUGAAGUUAAACCAAAUAGUCUCCCUAAGGGAUUAUACAUAUUGACACAGACACACCUAUAUAUAUAUAAAUAUAUCUCAAACUAAGCAAGGAAUCAUUAUUUUGAGUGAAAGUGACCAAAUAUUAAUAAAAUUUAUGAAAAUGGA